AUGAGUCAGCUCCAAGGAGAAUUAUUACAGAUCUGGCCUUUACGCCAGAGCUGGUUCACAGCAGGUCCCACAUUUAGGUUAUUGCAACAGCCCCACCCCUCCUGUAGUACCCAUAGAAGCCCCAGCUCCUCGUCUCUUAGCCUCUGCUCCACCCCUACCAAGCCCCACAAUAAAGUAGCCUCUAAACCUGUGGCUCUUAAUUCACAAAAUCCCAAUCCUGGUCCUGUUCCUUAUUCAUUUCAGUACCAACAGAUAGAGUUUUUGAGAGGACACAGCUCUGAGGCUCCUCAGUUCAGACCCAGUCCAGGAGGGGGAGUGGUACCUGGGAGGCCACCUAGUUCCUUGUACCAGCCACAGUCAGGGUACAUUAGAUAUCCAGACUACAACAGCAGCCCUAGGGGUAGAAGUAGAUAUAACCAGGACCAGAGUUUUGCAUACCCACCCAGUUUAGGAGCCCAGCGGGGCCCCCCAGGCCUUCAGCACCCAAAUCAAAACCAAUCACAUGGUAAAAACCAAAACCCCUACUCCAACAGGCAGUGGUGUGUCCAAACUGACUCACUGCAUGACAGUUUUAAGACCUUGUCUCUUCAAGACAGGCCCAACAGACGAGACAGGUUUUACAAACAUCCUGCAUCCAGCAUAUCAGCAGAUUUGAGCUUUACUAAAGUUAUCACUCUCAAUCCUGACAUCCAAGACCAGAUACAUAGGGCUUUGGCUGCUUUGAAGCCAAGUGAGAAGAUCUGUGCAAAAUUGUUAGCCAAAAAGCUGCAUCUACCCAAAAAGAUUGUGAACCAAGCCCUCUACUCUUUGGAGCGCUCACACAAAGCAUCUAAGCAAGGGCUUUAUCCCCCUGAGUGGUCUCUUUACAGAGAACCUCUCAUAGGCAAGGAAGAUCAGAGUUCUGAAGUACAAAGUCCACCAUCCCACCUGAGUGUCAGUUUAGAACACCCUCAUAAAUUUGAAGCCAUAGUUGAGCGAAAAAGAGAAGCAGUAAAAAGCAGAGGACAAGUAAAAGAAGAGGACUCUGACACCGAGUCCAGUUCUUCCUGCUGCUCUUCGUUAGAGUCAUCUGAAUUGGAAGAAUCCCAGUCACCAGUGAAAGGGCAGCAGGAAGAGAAACAACAUCCUGGCACUACCAGCUCCCCUGAUCAGGAACUUCAGCUUUCCACAAUGGCAGACCAGAAGGAGCAAAUUCUGCAGUACCUCCUGGGAGCACAUGAGGCAACUGCUCUUCUCAUAGCCAAAAAUCUGGGUUUUAGGAGUGCCAAGCAGGUCAAUCCUACCCUUUAUACCCUGGAGAAUCAGGGAGAUGUGAUCAAGAAUGGUGAAGUCAACCCUCCCACCUGGGAGCUUUCCAACCGCCGCAGAGAGAGGAUGGAGAGGAGCCUGAAAGCUGCACAGAGCACCACAGCACUGAGGUUUCAGUUGGAGGGGGAAGCUGCUAGAGAUGAGAAGGGAGGAGGGUCCAUCUUCCUGCUGUCAUUGCCACAACCACCAAUACCAGGCCUUGAGCCUAUCCCACCUCCAGAGGGCUGGAUGCCAGAGCAAAGUCACAGUGAAGCGUCCCAUUCCUCACUCCAGGCCCCCACCUUAACCUCAUGUAAAGACAAAGAGACCAACGAAGACCAGUGGGCCACUGACGAUAUCCCAGAAUUCCUCAACGCUAUUCGCAGGGAGACGGAUGCUGAAAGACUGGUGGCAGAGAAAGGCAACACAGUGGGAACUGUUGCUGUAUCACUGGCCGCUCCACCUCCUCAGAACCUGUGGGCCAAAUUACAGGAGGUUAGGCUGAAGAACCCUGUCAGUGGCCUCAUGGAGUACGCUCAGUAUCUUAGCCAGAGCUGUGAGUUCCUGCUCCUUGACCAGUCAGGACCCUCCCAUGACCCAAGAUUCCGUAUGCAGGUGGUGCUCAAUGGGAGACUGUUUCCUGUCGCAGAAGCUUCCAGUAAGAAGGUUGCAAAAAAGGAUGCUGCUGCAGCCGCCCUGCGCAUUCUCAUCAGAGAGAUGCAAGGAGGGGUGAGCACAGGGGACGAGGGAAAUACUGCCACUAUCAUCCAAGUAAUGGAUUCAGACACCAGUGGGACAGCAGAAAAUAUGGGGGGAAUGUUUGGUUCUGGUAGUAUGGAAGGGAUGGUGGAGGGAGCUUGCCAGCCCCUGUCCCGCUCUCUGCCUGGUGGGAAGAAUCCGGUGUCUGUUCUGAUGGAGUACAGCCAGCGCAGCGGGAACCCCAUUGAUUUCAUCAUCACUGGGCAGGCAGGCCCACCGCAUGACCCACGGUUCAUGUACAGGGUGAAGGUCGGCGAGAGCUUGUUUGCGGAGGCCUCAGCUCCAAGCAAGAAGGCCGCCCGGCAGCUGGCAGCAGAGGAGGCGGUAAAAGAAUUAAUGGCCGACGGGAGACUGCAGCUCAACAAGCCUCAGUUGCCCCUGGGCUCUUCCAGUGAUAGUGAUUGCACUGGCUCCGGGGCUGCAUAUCCCUCUUUACCCCCUCUGACUGCAGAUGAGUUGCGAGCAGCACAUGAGGCCGGGGUUGGUGACCUCAUCAACUACCUGAACAGCAACGCAGUGUCAGGUCUCCUGGAGUACGCUAGAGCCCGGGGCUUUGCUGCUGAAAUCCACCUGGUGAGCCAGUCUGGCCCACCACAUGAGCCUAAGUUCACCUACCAAGCUAAGCUGGGCGGACGGUGGUUCCCUGCGGUCUGUGCGUCCAAUAAGAAGCAGGGAAAACAGGAAGCAGCAGAUGCUGCUCUACGGGUUCUGAUUGGAGAAGCUGAGAAAGCAGCUCAUACUGGAGAGCUGAUCCCAGCUGAGGUCCCCCCCCCCCCCCCUACUUUGCAUGACCAGAUAGCAAUGUUGAGUCACCAGCGCUUCAACGCCCUGACGACACGUAUCCAGCACAGCCUUCUGGGUCGCAAGAUUCUGGCCACCAUCGUCAUGAGGAGAGGGGAGGGUUUGGGGACCGUUGUCAGCCUGGGAACUGGUAAUCGCUGUGUCAAAGGGGAGGAGCUGAGCCUUAAAGGGGAUACAGUAAAUGACUGCCAUGCUGAAAUCAUCUCCAGAAGAGGAUUUAUUCGGUUUCUGUAUACUGAGCUGCUGAAGCACCACGAUGGCACAGCUGACAGUAUAUUUGAGCCAGCGGAGCAAAACAAACUGCGGAUCAAACCUGAUAUCACCUUUCACCUUUACAUAAGCACCGCACCUUGUGGCGAUGGGGCUCUGUUUGAUAAGUCCUGCAGCGAGGAGGGGAAUGAAGUCGAGGGCCACCAGCCUCUGUUUGAGAAUGCUAAGCAGGGCAAGCUCCGUACCAAAGUUGAGAAUGGUGAGGGCACCAUCCCAGUGGAGUCAAGUGCCAUUGUGCCCACCUGGGACGGGAUACAGCAUGGUGAAAGGCUGCGAACCAUGAGCUGCAGCGAUAAAAUCCUGCGUUGGAACGUGCUGGGCCUGCAGGGGGCGUUGCUUACCCAUUUCCUUCAUCCCAUCUACCUGAAGUCUGUCACACUUGGCUAUCUGUACAGCCACGGUCACCUGACACGUGCCGUGUGUUGUCGGCUGGCCAGAGACGGUGAAGCGUUCGCCAAAAGUCUCCCUCUUCCCUUCAUGCUGAACCACCCAGAGGUGGGUAGGGUGACUGUGUACGACUCCACACGGCAUACGGGCAAGACCAAGGAGUCCAGUGUAAACUGGAGCUUACCAGACCAGCACUGUGUAGAGGUGCUGGACGGGACCAAAGGCAAACUGGAUGGGAACAAACUGGGCAUAUCCCGCGUGUCCAAGUCCAACCUGUUCUCUCUGUUCCGCACUCUGUGCCAGCGAUGUGGCCGCAUCGACCUCCUUUCCCUGCCCUCUUAUGCCCAGGCCAAGAUGUCAGCCAUGUCCUUCCAGCUAGCAAAGCAGCAAUUUUUUCAGGCUCUCAGUGCCCAUGGUUAUGGUGCUUGGAUCGGCAAACCGCUGGAAGAGAAGAACUUUGAGGCCAGGGAUGAAAGGGAGAAAAAUGGAGCAGAUGUCCUUUUGGGAUAUGGCAGUAGUCGAAACAGAGGACCAAUGGAGUACAAGCAAGAUGAAGCAUAGAACUGUGCGCAGUGAAUUGUUAAAUGGGUAAUAUUAACUUCUUUUUUUUUUUUGGGUGGGUGUAGCCCAUGCCCAGAACUGUGUCUCUGAUGGAACACAUUUAAAGGCUACAUUGGAAGAGCGAUUGAAAGGGACAGGACGAUGGCAAGGGCAGAGCCUGGAGGAUGAGUGGGGUCACAGCACACAGGCAGGGCAAUGGGGAGAGUCUGGGGCUGGACAACGUAAUCAGUACGUCUGUAAACCACCUCGGCAGACACUGCUACAAUGCCGAGUUGUGUUAGAUUGUGAGACAGUUGCUGCGUUUGUCAGCAUUCUUUAUACUCAGUUCAGAGUGUAGUUUCUUUUUCCUUGUAAUUGUAAAGCUUGGCACAUGUUGCCAUUAUUUUUCCACUGUUCAAUUUGAUAUGUAAAGUCAUUUUUGGCAGGUUCUAUGACCAUUGCAAUUGCAUUGUGCACCUUGAUUGACUUCUUUAAACCACUGGCUGCUUUGUCUGUUUUUGCCAGGAGAGCUGAGGUAGCUAACAAAUGCUGCUAGUUAGAAUUCAGCCUAACACAGCCCUCCACUGUAGCAGUGUUUGUAAUUGUGAUUAAUUUCAUUUAGAGUCCUCUGUCGUGGAGUGCAUAUUUUUUCAGCUCCUUUGUUUUACAUGUACUUCACAGAAAUGCAAGCAACCGCUUUCAGGACAACAAAUAGAAAUAUUGGGAUGCUGUCAGAAGCAUUCUUCAUUUUUCAUUUGUUUAAAAUGCACUCACCUUAGUUAGAUUUCAUGACUUAGUCCUUGCUCUGGCAGUACUGUCCCAGCCGACAGUGUACUGGAGAAGUUUUUAAUGUAAAUAAGAGGAGCAUCAAUGUCAUCUUUCACUGUCCAAUGUUUGAGUUUUCAGCUCCCGUACAUACUCUGAAGUGUUCAAUCAGACCACUUUAGGAUUUAAACCAGCUCUAAAAUGUCAUCUGGCUGUAACGCCCUUAGCUGUCCACCCAUCCACACUGUUGUACCAUGGUUUCCAUUAUUAUUACAGCAUUGACUGGUGCAGCCUUAUAAUCAGCCCCAAUAGUUUCUCUGUGCUUUGUUGUUUUUAUAUUGAAGUAGAGCUCCUGUCUUAUUAUUCGUGUGUGUGUGUGUAUUUUUUCCUUCCCUUCUUUCAGUGAAGGCAUCAUUAGCUGGUCAUGCUAGCAAAGUUCUGGUCCCUGCUGCAUAUUAUUUUUACAUCUCAAUACUAAAAAGCUUUCAGGUUCUCACUCAUGGCCACUUUAUCAGCUAGGUGAGGACAGUUUUAUUGUUUAUUCACUUCGUAGUCUCGAUUCGGUUACAUGCAAAUUGUCGAUGCAAUAUAUACAUCAGGUGUGUACAGAUACAUGAAUACACAGAUAUGUACACUGAGGUCCAAAAGCCUGAGUCCAGUUCCAGAAACUUAUUUGUCAAAUACUAACACAAAUUAUGAUGAUUACUAUUAUUUUUGUAGAACAGCAUGUCACGAUCGUUCAGAUGGUUUUGUUUAACCCUGAUACAUAUAUACAAAACCAUGGUUCUGCUUAUAAAUAUGUCUCUUCAAACUGUUGUAUGCCUGAAGUAAUGAUAAGCAUCUGUAGAACAGAGCCAUCCUCUCUCUGGUCAGUCUAAUUCUAGCCCUGAAGUUCAAGCUGUAAUUAAGGACUUAACGUCUUGCAAGUGGAAAGUGUUUUCUCAGCAGCAGUCUAUAAUGCACAUAUUAGGUACACCAAGCUAACAAUACAUGUAGUCUAAUGCAACAAUUCUUCAGUUCUUUAUGAAAGUGAUGAGGUCAGUUUGUGCUUAUGAUUCAAUUGUAAAAGCCGUUGUUUGGGCUGCAGGUGGGCUGUACUGCAUUAAACUGGGGUUUCUGUUAUUUAGUCUUCAAGCCUCAGUGAUGUAAAUGAAGUGGACUAAAUGAUAGAAACACCUAAAUAUAAUGCAGUGCAGUUAAAAAGCACCACAAGCUACGGCUUUCAAAAUGUUCCCACAGCUGAAAUAACACCUCUCAAACAGUUUGAACAAAAACUGAAUAUGUUCACCUUUGUGAACAUAAGGAGGAUUUAUUGAGGGGCUGUUGGAUUGGACAGCAUUAGUUUUAGCUAGGUGUACAUGAUGGUUUGCUAACUCAGUGUAUAUCCAUCCAUCCAUUAUGUAUUCCACUUAUUCCUGAAUAGGGUCGCAGGGGGCUGGAGCCAACUGAGUGUAUUAGAUAUCAUGUAGCAAAACAAAUGGGAUUUAGCACAUAUUUUGGGUUUUUUUAUUUUAUUUAUUUUUUUGCUCCAUCUGUUUUGAAUAUGAAGCUUAGGUUUUAUCAAAUAUACAGUUUUUGGUGUUGGACUCAGACUUGUACCCCAUUGUAUGCAAACAUUGAUGUUUAAGAAUAAUUCUGUCCUAUAUAUACUGUACGCGUGUGUGUGUGUAUGUAUAUGUUUAGGUUUAUUUUGUAUAGCUUUUAAAGUCAUCUACAGUUUCUAAUUCACUUUACCAUUUUGUUUUUUACCAGUGACAUCUGACAGCAACAAAAUAAAAUAGGUAGCACA